AUGGAUAAAGAGAUGCGGAACGAAGCCGAAGCCGAAGCCGAAACCAAGGCCGAGGCAGGAGGAAUCAUUGGCGCGGGGACAAGUGCGACAACUGAAAGUGGUGACACGCAUCACAAGCACGAAAACGACCAAACAUCCCUAUCCCUAUCCUCGAAGAACAUCCAAAAUACCACGAGCAACUCCAAUACCAGCAUUGAAGGCUCAACAACAGUCGGUCCCGAAUCGCCUCCUCCAACAAGCGACAAUGUAGUCUCUGAACAACAGCAUCCCCCCCACUCCACGAAUACCAAUCCAGAAGACACGAGAACGAAACUCCAGACAACCAUAAUCGUCCUCUCACUCUGCGCAUCAGUCUUCCUGGCUGCUCUCGAUACUACCAUCAUCACUACCGCGCUACCUACAAUCAGCGAAUACUUCCAGUCAAAUGCAGGAUACACUUGGAUUGGAUCCGCAUACCUGCUUGCGAACGCGGCGUCCGUUCCAUCAUGGGGGAAAUUCUCAGAUAUCUGGGGGCGCAAACCAGUCCUGCUUGUGGCAUCUGGUGUGUUCUUCGUUGGGAGUCUGCUGGCAGCUGUGAGUGUUAGCAUUGGGAUGUUGAUCACUGCGCGGGCCAUACAAGGAAUUGGCGGUGGUGGAUUGAUUAUCCUAGUGAAUAUCUGCAUCACGGAUCUGUUUAGCAUGCGUGCGAGAGGGGCAUACUACGGAAUCAUUGGUAUGGUGUGGGCAUUUGCCAGUGCCGUUGGGCCAAUUCUUGGGGGUGUAUUUACAGAAAAGGUUUCGUGGAGAUGGUGUUUUUACAUCAAUUUACCCAUCACAGGGACCGUCUCGAUACUCCUGUUCUUCUUUCUGCAUCUACAUAAUCCUCGAACUCCGGUAUGGGAAGGUCUCAAAGCAGUGGACUGGGCAGGCUCGCUCACGAUCGUGGGAGGAACACUCAUGCUUCUCCUCGGACUCGAAUUCGGAGGCGUCACAUAUCCAUGGAGCUCGGCAACUGUGAUCUGUCUGAUCGUCUUCGGUAUCGUUGUUAGUGGACUCUUUGUUCUGAACGAGUGGAAGUUCGCGCGAUAUCCAGUCAUGCCCCUUCGAAUCUUCAAACACAGAUCCAACAUUGCAUCGCUUGGUGUCUGUUUCUUCCACGGCGCUGUUUUCAUUGCAGGCAACUACUACGCACCUCUAUACUUCCAAGCGGUGCUAGGAGCUACGCCUCUUCUUUCCGGUGUCUAUCUCCUCCCGUUCGUCAUGGCAUUGUCCCUCACGUCAGGAUUGACAGGCGUCUUCAUCAAGAAGACCGGGAAAUAUCUUCCCCCGAUCUGGUUCGGGAUGGCUACCAUGCUUCUCGGAUACGGUCUUUAUAUUAACCUCCCAAAUGGUCGCAACUGGACGAAAAUUAUCCUCUAUCAGAUCGUUGCUGGUAUCGGUAUUGGUCCCAACUUCCAGUCUCCUCUGCUGGCUUUACAGACUAUGAUUGCACCCAAGGACAUCGCAACAGCUACAGCAACAUUCGGUUUCACACGCAAUCUCUCCACAUCUAUCUCCGUCGUCAUUGGCGGUGUAAUCUUCCAAAACGAGAUGCAAAAGCGUUUCCCGGCUCUUGUCGCAGCCCUCGGUCCCGAGACAGCAAAAGCACUCUCCGGCGGCUCAGCAGGCGCAAGCGUCGGUAUCGUGGCUCAGCUUCCUCCCGCACAGCGAGGAGUUGCUCGACAGGCUUUCCACGAGAGUUUGAGGACUAUGUGGAUCAUGUACGUGGCUCUCGCGGCCGCGGGAUUGGUUAUCACGGCUUUCAUUGGGAAUAACGUGUUGAGUAAGGAGCACCAGACUGUCAAGACUGGGCUGGGUGAGGAGGAGAGACAUAGGAGGGAAGCGAAGGAGAUGGAGAAGAAUGGACGGAGUGAAGCGAAAGCGCUGCAGGAAGCUGAAAAGGCGAAGGCGAGGAAGGAAAAGGGUGAUGUGUCGAAAGAGGAGGUUUGA